AUGUGGCAGUGUGGCAAGCAGUUCACCAAAUCGGUAUUUGCUGCAACAGCACGAGCUGGUCACCCACAACGGAGUUUCGGUUUCCGUUCCCCAGUUGACAAGACGUUCACCUGUAAUAGCUAUCUGAAAGUGCAUCUGCGCAUCCACCAGAACGAUCGGCCCUUUGUGUGCGAGGUGUGCAACCGAGGUCACGUGACCCGGAGGGAUUUGGAGGUGCACAUGACGCUGCAUACGGGGGAGAAGAAGUUUGUCUGUGAUGUGUGCGGUAAGGACUUUGCACGGUUGAUUGCGCUGUCCUUCCACCGGCCGGAUACACGAGCCUUCGGCGCGAAGAACUCGGAGGUUCAGCUGUCCCUGAGUUGA